GGCUAGAUGCACGCUUUGAAACCAAUUAAGACGAGAUCAUUCUUACAACACGUCACCAACCGCCAUAACGGUCAUUAUAACUGUCACUCAACUCCAACUUGCCGCGCUUUCAUUUCCCAACUCUCUGACCCUCCCAACUCUUCAUGGCUCCCUUCGAUCCGCUCCGCCGCGCAGCUCGGCCGCUUCACGCACGCCCUCGCCCUCUACGCCCGCAUGCAUCGCUCCGGCCACCAUCCCGACCCCUUCUCCGUCUCUGCCGCCCUCAAGGCCUGCGCCCGCAUCCCCUCCCACCGCUUCGCCUCCGCCAUCCACGCCCACGCCUUCAAGUACGGUCACCACUCACACAUUUACCCUCAAACCGCUCUCUUGGAUCUUUACUCUAAACUGGAUGGUCUUGAGUCUGCCCGGAAGUUGUUCGAUGAAAUGCCGCAAAGAAAUGUUGUAUCUUGGAACACGAUGCUGUCGGCGUACUUGAGAGCAGGAGAACUGGAAAGUGCUCGGAGAGUGUUUGAUGAAAUGCCUGUGAAGGAUGUGGUGUCCUGGAACUCGUUGGUGUCUGGCUACGCCAAAGCCGGAUUGAUGGAUCAAAGCUUGGAUCUUUUCCGGCGAAUGCCAGAGAGGAACUCAGCUUCUUGGAAUGGAAUUAUAAGUGCUUAUGUUGAUGUUGGUGAUAUAGGAAUGGCUAGAAAGGUGUUUGAUGAAAUGCCUGUGAGAAGUAGUGUGUCUUGGAUUGCGAUGAUUUCAGGUUAUUCGCAGAGUGGUGAUGUUGUUUUGGCCCGGGAACUCUUUGAUAGGAUGGAGGAGAGGGAUGUGUUUGCUUGGAACGCGAUGAUUGCUUGUUAUGCGCAGAAUGGUUGUCCGAGAGACGCUCUUGGGUUGUUCAAUCGGAUGAAUAAGCCGGAGACAAAUGUGCUACCCGAUGAGAUGACGUUCUCGAGUGCUAUCUCAGCUUGUGCACAAUUGAGCGAAAUGAGGUUCGGGUUGUGGAUUGAGAGUCACAUGGCUUGUGUUGGUGUUGAAAUGGAUGAUCAUUUGCGGACAGCGCUUAUUGAUUUGUAUUCGAAAUGUGGGGGUGUAGAGAAAGCUUUCGAGCUUUUCAAUGGUUUGCGCAAGAGAGAUUUGGUGUCUUAUAGCGCGAUGAUCUUGGGCUGUGGCAUAAAUGGGAGGUCAACCGAUGCUGUGCGUCUGUUUGAUGAAAUGUUGCGCGAGAACAUUGUUCCAAAUUCUGUGACUUUUGUUGGUUUAUUGGCAGCAUUUAAACAUGCUGGUUUGUUGCAAGAAGCACACCGGUGCUUCGAGACAAUGUGGAGCGAGCACAAGGUGAAGCCAUCAGUUGAUCAUUAUGCGAUAAUGGUGGAUCUUCUAGGCCGAAACGGGAGUGUAGAGGAAGCUUAUCAGUUGAUAAAGGAGAUGCCAAUGAAACCUCAUGUCGGUGUUUGGGGUGCAUUGCUUCAAGCUUGUAGGUUGCAUGGCAAUGUGGAGUUAGGGAAAUUGCCGGCCCGGAGUUGCUUCGAACUAGAGCCUGAAUCAAGUGGAUAUUAUAUACUUCUGGCUCAUAUAUAUGCUGAAGCUGGAGAAUGGGAGAAGGGUAAAAGGUUGAGGAUGGCCAUGGCUGACAAAAAAGGGUUCAUUUGUAAGGUACCAGGGUGUAGUUGGGUGUAAACCAGUGGUGAUUUUGUACUUGAUGCUCCCUCCCUCCCUCUCUCACUUACAAAUGAACCACAAUUUGGGCGUCA